AGACUGUAAAUAGAGAUAGAAACAAGUAAAAAAGAGAAGAUGAACACAUCCACCAGAACUCCCACCAAUCAUUUGUUCAGGAAAACCAACCCAAAUGCUGAAAUCUUCCAAGCACAAAAAAAAGUAUGGAAUUAAGCCAAUGAAGAAGUCAAAGACCAUGAACAAAAACCAGGUAACAGUGAAGCAAAGCCAUCCAAGUGAGGAAGGAAAGGGUGGCAAUAGCUUCAUGGAUCCCAAUCAUUCUCUCCAGUUUGCAGCAUCAGGCUUCAGUUUCUCAAGAUCCUCUAAAUUUUGCACAAGUCUGUACUUGUCCACAGGUUCUGAGUCCUGCAGACAACUCAGUAACUUGCCACCUUUCCUUCCACAUCCUCCCAAACCUGAGCUGGAUAACUUUCUUAGUUUUCCUGUUGAUACUUCUGAUGGCAGUUUUAAUGGUGACAAUGGUGGUUUCAGCAUCAAUGACCAGCUUGAGUUGCAGAUUCUUUCUGAACAGCUUGGCAUUGAUAUUACUGAUGAUGGAGAAAGCCCUCUUUUGGAUGAAAUUUAUGACAUGCCUGUACCUCUGGCUUCACCUUCACUUGAUGUUGUUCCAUCUCCCACUUUUUCUUCUCCAAAAUCAACUAGUCCUUCCACUCCUGGCAAUGCAACAGUGAACAAACCCAGAUUGAGGUGGACUGUGGAGCUCCAUGAGCGCUUUGUUGAAGCUGUGAAUAAACUUGAAGGAGCAGAAAAGGCAACUCCAAAGGGUGUAUUGAAGCUAAUGAAUGUUGAGGGUUUGACAAUUUAUCAUGUUAAGAGUCAUUUGCAGAAAUAUCGGCUUGCAAUGUAUCUCCCAGCAGCAAAAGAAGAUAAAAAAACUUCAUGUUCCGAUGAAAAGAAGGCGCAGUCAAUCUGUGAUGAUAGUAGCACUGACAUCAAAAGGAGUAUGCAAGUGACGGAGGCUCUGCGGAUGCAAAUAGAAGUUCAAAAACAACUACAUGAACAACUCGAAAUUCAAAGGCAACUUCAGUUACGGAUUGAGGAGCAAGCGAGGUACUUGCAGAAGAUACUUGAAGAACAGCAGAAAGCCAAUGAUUCCCGGGUAUCUCUGAAACAACCUCUAAUCUCAGGAGUGCAACCUGAAACUUCUGAUGAGCCCUCAAAUGUUCAGAGUGGCUUGAAGGAUGAAUCCUCAUCUACUACUCAAUGCUCAAAGCACAAAGCCGAUGAUUCUGGCAGCAUUCCCGAGUUGCCAGACGGAAAUAAAAGAGCAAGGCUUGAUGUUGAAGAGGGGAAGACUUCAUGAUACUAUCAGGAGAUACAUCAGUACCAGUUCUGGUUUCUCCUGUCGAUGAAUUGCUUGUUUAUGGUGGUCAAAGUUGCUGCUUGGUAUGUAUUGUGAAAAGUAUGUGAGCAAUGGAAAGCAAGUCUGUAAUGCAGUUAGAUUGGCGCUUUGUAAUGAUAUUUUUAGACAAAUUCUUCAAUUCAAUGAAAUUGUUGAACAGUUUCAACCUUA